AACGAAGGAAGGAGAAGAAAGGAAGGAGCCGGGAGGGACGUGCUUCUUCCUUCUCCUUCUUGCUUCCAGGGAACCCUGAAUUCUUCUGUCCGCUAGAUCUGCGAGGCCGACUGAUCCGUCCGCCAUUGCCUAAACCAGAAUUCUAGUCGUGACAUCCCUGUUUUUUAGGGCAACCACGCAUCGCGUUAAAAUCUCUUGACUUCCAAUGGAACUCGCAGUGGCGUGAGAUUUUGUGUAUUUGGUCUUCUAAGAUUGUUCUGAACUGAACUAAUGGCAUCAGAAAGUGUCCUUGCCUUCCCGAUGAGCACACCCGCUGCAAAUUCCGACAACGGGAAGUCGUUCUGUGCUUCUGUCGUAGAGGAGGUUCUUCAACAGCAUACCGUCAGGCUCAAUGGUGUCAAUCUUGCUUCCAGAAAGGCAGAGGAGACAGUGACAAGAAGGUAUGAAGCUGCUGGAUGGCUAAGAAAGAUGGUAGGUGUGGUUGCAUCAAGGGAUUUACCAAAUGAGCCAACAGAGGAAGAAUUUCUUCUUGGGUUGAGAAGUGGGUCAAUUCUUUGCAAUGCCCUUAAUAAAGUUCACGCCGGCGCUGUUUCAAAGGUGGUCGAGACACCAGUUGAUUCAGUUCAGUUGCCUGACGGGGCAGCUUUAUCAGCAUAUCAAUAUUUUGAGAACGUCAGGAACUUUCUGGAUUUCAUUGAAGAGAUGGGGCUUCCUGCAUUUGAGGCAUGUGAUCUAGAAAAGGGUGGGAGCUGUACAAAGGUUGUCAACUGCAUUCUUGCUCUCAAGUCAUACCAUGAGUGGAGAGAAACAGGAGCAAAUGGAUCAUUUAAAUUUGGCAGCAAUUUGAAACCCCCCACAAAUGGAAGAUGUGUGGUAAGAGUAGGGAAAAAUUCAGAGCCUUUCAUGAACUCCCCUUUCAGGAACACAGCCCAAGUGGAACCCAGUGGGCAGUCUGUUGGGAGAUAUUCUGAUGGCUUUCCAAUGGAUCUUUCUCUGGGACCAAUUAAAAUGGGAGGUGCAAAUCAUUCCUUGGAUAUUCUUGUUCGUGCUCUUCUGUCAGACAAAAAGCCUGAGGAAGUCCCUAUAAUUGUGGAAUCCAUGUUAACUAAAGUUAUGGAAGAGUUUGAGCGUAGACUGUCAAGCGAAAGUGAGCAGAUAAAAACAGCAGUUAGGGAUCUGCCUAUAUCUGAUGACAAGAAAUCACUUUCUAAGGAUAAUCUAGCUGCCCUGUCAUCUGCUUUUGGUGAGGCAGUGGUAGCAAACUUGCAUUGUGUGAUGCAGGAAGAUACAGCAGGCGAAGCUAGAGAAGAAAAUUUGGAAGAUGUAGGCACUACAUCAGGCCAGGAGGAAAGGAAAGAUGAGUGCUUUUCUCCCACUUCAUCAAGGAAGGAAGAGAAUGAACGCCAUCUGCUCAAGCAAAAGAUCUUGUUUGAUCAACAAAAACAAGAGAUUAAGGAAUUGAAGAACACACUCCAGGUAACUAAGGAAGGUAUCCAGACUAUGCAAGCAAGAUACUGUGAAGAAUUCUAUGUUCUUGGAAGGCAUCUAAAAAGUCUCACAGAUGCUGCUGCUAGCUACCAUAAAGUUGUUGAGGAAAAUCGACAACUUUACAAUCAAGUGCAAGACCUCAAAGGUAGCAUUAGAGUAUACUGCCGAGUGAGACCCUUCUUACCUGGUCAACAAAGUGGGCUAAAUACAGUGGAGCAUAUUGGUGAUGGAAAUAUUACAAUCUCUAACCCUUUGAAACAGGACAAAGGUUCACGCAAGUCAUUUACCUUCAAUAAGGUGUUUGGCCCUUCUGCUUCCCAAGAGGAGGUGUUCUUUGAUACACAACCAUUGGUUCGAUCUAUUUUGGAUGGCUAUAAUGUUUGCAUAUUUGCAUAUGGACAAACCGGAUCAGGAAAAACUUACACCAUGAUGGGACCUAAGCAAAUAACAGCUGAAGGCCAAGGAGUAAAUUAUCGUGCAUUGAGUGAUCUGUUUCAUAUCUCAGAACAAAGAAAAGAUACUUUCACCUACGAAAUUUCGGUCCAGAUGAUGGAAAUUUACAAUGAACAAGUUAGAGAUUUGCUUGCUUCAGAUGGAAACAGAAGAUUAGAAAUUCGUAACAGCUCUCAGCAAAAUGGGUUUAACGUACCAGAUGCAAACCUGGUGCCCGUUAAAUCAACUACUGAUGUGAUUGAGCUGAUGAACAUUGGACAAAAGAAUCGUGCAGUUUCAGCAACAGCCAUGAAUGAUCGCAGUAGCCGAUCUCACAGUUGUCUGACAGUGCAUGUUCAAGGAAGAGAUAAAAUUUCUGGGACUGUGCUCCGUGGUUCUCUGCAUCUUGUUGACUUAGCUGGAAGUGAAAGGGUUGACAAAUCUGAAGUUAUAGGAGAGAGAUUGAAGGAAGCUCAACACAUAAACAAGUCCCUUUCAGCACUGGGUGAUGUAAUUGCUGCCCUUGCACAAAAGAAUUCUCAUGUCCCUUAUCGGAACAGCAAACUCACACAGUUGUUGCAAGAUUCACUUGGAGGGCAAGCAAAGACUCUUAUGUUUGUUCAUAUUAGCCCAGAAGUAGAUGCAUUUGGAGAGACAAUCAGUACUCUCAAAUUUGCUGAGCGUGUCUCGACUAUUGAGCUUGGUGCCGCUCGUGUCAACAAAGAUGGCAAAGAAGUCAGAGAGCUAAGGGAACAGAUUGCUUCUCUUAAGGCAGCACUUGCAAGGAAAGAGGCAGAGUCAGAUCAACACAGGAGCACAAUGACUAGUCCUGAUAGACAAAUGAGGAAACAUAGCAUGCCAUCACUAAUGCAGGGUGGUCAUAGCAGUUACAGGCAACCAAUGGAGGAUGUUAGAAAUGUAGCGCAAGAAAUCUCCAUAGACUCAUGCUCGCCCCCGUGGCCAGACAAUAUUCUUCCAAAGGGCGAUGUACAGAAACCAGGCGAAGAUUGGGUUAACAAGGUCAAGCAAGAAUCAGGAGAUGCUGCUAUGUUGAGAUAUUGGGAUAACAAUGACAACAAUUCAGUCCCAGAAAUGUUCUAUGGGAGAUGCGUUGCUGAUAUGAGAAAAGUUUAUCCCGAGCAGUGUGAUCAGUUCCCAAUGAACCAUAAAGAACCCCAUGAAAAUAAUACGCUGAAGAGGUUUGACUCGAUGUCCCUGGACGACAUGGACGACAUUGAGGUUGCAACCAGCGAUUCUUCUGAAGCAGACAUGCUAUGGCAAUUGAAUGUUCCCAACAACAAUAACAAAACACACAACAUUGGCUCAAAGAUGAAGAAGACUCAGUCUAAGAUUCAUACUAAAAGCUCGGACGUCCGGAAUGUGAAUCAAGCGAGUGGACCAAAACAACCUCGACGACCAUCUGAUGGUGGUGGAAAUCAGCUGCAACGGCAAGCUUCUGCUGGACCUGACCAGAAAAGAUCCACCGCGAAAUUGGGGAGAAGUGGAAGGUAGAGCAAAUUAAGACAGUAGUGACAAAAAUUAUCAAACAGCAACCACAUGGCUCGCUGCAGGAUCUUGGUCUUGGUUUGUAGGAUAAUGUUGCUGCCAUCUGGGAAUGGCCUUGAAUUGUUUGGCGAGAGUCCUCUUUGUAUUUGUUUGUGCUCUGAUUUUCCCUCCCUUUCGCUUCUCAACAUGCAUCCUGCUUUCUGCUUUCUCAAAGCAGUGCUGAGAAGGAAAAUAUAAGAUGAAAUCUUCUCUC